ACAAUGGCCUCCGACGACUCCACUUUCGACAUCAUCAUCACCGGCGCCGGUCUGAGUGGCAUCAACGCCGCCUACUUGUUGCAAUCCGAGUUGCCUAACCAUUCCUUUAUCAUCCUUGAGUCUCGCGACCAUAUCGGCGGAACAUGGGCCUUCUGGAAAUAUCCCGGUAUCCGCUCCGACAGCGCCAUGGCUCUGUUCGGCUUCCCCUGGUACCCAUGGACCAAGGACAUUAACAUGGCUGAUGCCCAUCUCAUCAAGAAAUAUAUGGAGGACGCUGCUGCGUCCCAGGGGAUUGACAAGAAGAUACGCUUCAACCACCGCGUCACGUCAGAAAGCUGGAGCAGCGAGGAGCAGAGAUGGACGUUACACGUCGAUGUCACUUCCGGUGACGGCACCGUUCUCGAGAAGAAGAUCUUCAAGACGCCAUGGCUAGUCAACGCCACCGGGUACUACAGCUACGAGAAGCCUCGGUCCACUGUCAUUCCCGGCAUAGAAAGAUUUCAGGGUGAAGUGGUACAUCCCCAAUUUUGGAAUGACGAGGUGCAGUACGAUAACAAGCGCAUCCUCAUCAUUGGCUCAGGUGCCACCGCUAUCACUCUCCUUCCUGCCCUCGCCAAAACUGCCAAGCAUGUCACUAUGCUCCAGCGUAGUCCAUCAUAUGUCUACAGCUUGCCAGCCAGAGACGAGCUUCAACCGUUCAUGGAAAGAUUCAUGCCAAUCCAAUGGGCGGGGAAGAUUAACUGGUGUAUCAGGAUGGUCGCCGAAACUCUCUUUGUUCAGCUGCUUCUGAACUUCCCCAACUGGGGAAGGAAGCUUGUCGUUGACGAGAUGCGCAGGCAGCUUCCCAAAGGUUUCGAUGUCGACAAACACUUCAACCCUCGGUACAAACCUUUCGAGCAGCGUGUGUGCCUUUGUCCGCAGGGAGACUUCUUCAAGGCUUUGUGUGGCCCGAACGCUUCCGUUGUUACCGAUCAUAUCGAGACCGUCACCGAAGACGGCAUAUUGCUCAAGUCCGGUGAGACCCUUGAAGCCGACAUGAUCAUCACCGCCACUGGUCUAUACAUGGUUCUGCUCAACAAAAUUGACGUCUUUGUUGAUGAUGUCCGCAUCAAUGAUACCAUCGGCCAGCGGUACAUGUGGAACGGAGUCAUGCUCGAGGGUAUCCCCAACACAGGUGUUAUCACGGGGUAUGUGGCAGCCACUUGGACUCCUGGUGCCUCCACAAGGACACGGCAGUUCAUCAAGGUCAUUAAACAUGCGGAAAAGACGGGAGCCACCAUUGCCACCCCUUAUAUCGACGAGGCCGAGCGCGCACGACUUCCCAAGAAACCCUGUAUUCCUAACAGCUCGACCUACAUCACAGAAGUUCGUGACCGACUUCCUCUUGUCGCUAACGUGGGUCCUUGGAGGAACGGAAAGAAUUGGCUGGAGGAUACCAUCCGGCUUUGGUUCGGGUGGGUCACAACCGGUAUGCGGUUCACUUCAUGGAACCGAGCCAAGAGCGAUUGAGUUAUCGCCAGUCCUCCAUGUUUGGAUAUUGGUGUAGAAACGCCUGGCAUCUCCAGUUGGGCGAGUCCUCUUGAGCCAUGCUACGUCCUCACACGUUCAUAUCCUUAUCUUGUGAUACCGAAGAGAUAGUAAUGUAAUCCAGCCAACCUUCAUUUCUCCC